AUGUCAUCCAAUUGCGCUGCCGAUCAGACCCUCACGAACAUCUUCUCGGAUCGUGACAAAUCGGGAAGCGUUCUAGCCGAAAACGAGGCCGAAGUCGCACGCAACGAGACCCGCCAGAUCCAAGAGCUUCUCCAAGGCGCCCGUAGCCAGAGCCACCGGCUCCAGGGUCAAAUUGACGACGGCCGCAACCAACUCCAGCAGCUUCGACAGGAAUUGAGCACCGCGCGCUCCGACAAUCGGCGUGCCCAAAGAAACUUGCAAAACGUCCGCUUCGAGAAAAAGCUACUCCAGAACAGUCUUUCAGACGCUCGCAACGAGACCCGCCUUGUCCAGGACAAGUAUGACGGCUUGCAGGACACAAUCACAGUGGUUGCUCUUGAUGAUGGUCGGAUAUCCCGUGAGAAGGCGCUGGCGGCUGAAGAAUGUUAA